UGAGAGCUCCACAUCCUUCAUCCUUGGUAACCUUGCAGAGCUCAUCCUCCCUCCUUUGGGCGUGUCAAGUUCCAACCAGACCCAGGUUGACCCCAAGGGAAGAGUUAUUGCACCAAUGGAUUCGAGAUACAGGUACUGGGAAACGUUCAUGGUGAUGCUGGUGGCCUACUCUGCAUGGGUGUUCCCACUGGAGAUUGGUUUCAUGAAUGCUGCUCCAAAGGGAGGACUUUUCAUUGCCGAUAACAUCAUCCAUGCAUUCUUCGCCGUCGACAUCAUCCUCACAUUCUUUGUGGCUUACAUUGAACCAAGAACACAGCUCCUCGUCCAGGAUUCCAAAAAGAUUGCAAUCAGGUACUUGUCCACAUGGUUUAUCAUGGAUGUGGUCUCAACAAUCCCAUAUGAGGCUCUUGGCUACUUCAUCACAGGCAGAGUGAAGGCAGGGGUCUCCUACAGCCUGUUGGGCAUGCUAAGACUAUGGCGUCUAAGCAAGAUCAAGCAAUUCUUUACUAGACUUGAAAAGGAUAUCAGGUUCAGCUAUUUCUGGAUAAGAUGUUGUAGACUCCUAUCUGUUACCCUUUUUCUAAUGCAUUGCGCUGGGUGUCUCUACUACUUGCUAGCUGACCGAUACCCUAAUCAAGGAAAGACAUGGAUUGGUGCAGUGAUCCCAAAUUUCAGAGAGGCUAGCUUGUCUGUCCGUUACAUAUCUUCGAUCUACUGGUCCAUCACCACAAUGACCACUGUUGGUUAUGGUGAUCUCCAUGCAGUGAAUGCAAGAGAAAUGAUCUUUAAUAUAUUAUACAUGUUAUUUAACCUAGGUCUGACCGCAUAUUUGAUUGGGAACAUGACAAAUUUGGUUGUUGAAGGAACUCGACACACCAUGGAAUUCAGAAACAGCAUACAGGCAGCAUCUAAUUUUGUAUACCGAAACCAUUUACCGCCACAUCUGGGAGAACAGAUACUGGCUCAUAUGUGCCUUACAUUCAAGGCAGAGAGUUUGAACCAACAUCAACUAAUGGACCAGCUACCCAAAUCCAUACGCAAAAGCAUCUGCCAGCACUUCUUCCUGCCGACUCUGAAGGAGGUUUAUCUCUUCAAAGGUGUCUCAAAGGACAUGCUCUUGCUCCUGGUUACUAAGAUGAAAGCAGAGUAUGUUCCACCUAGAGAGGAUGUCAUCAUGCAAAAUGAGACCCCAGAUGAUGUCUAUGUUGUAGUAUCAGGCAAAGUAGAGACUGUGUAUUGUGACAAUGAGAAAGAAGAAGUGGUUGGAGAACUGAGCACAGGAGAUAUUUUUGGAGAAAUUAGUGCACUCUGCAAUAGGCCUCAAAGCUAUACAUUUCGGACUAAAACAUUAUGUCAGUUACUGAGGAUGAAGCAGUGUAGCCUUAGAGAAGUUUUGCAGACUAAGCAAAAGGAUAGGAUAGUCAUUAUUGAGAACUUUCUUAAGCACCAAAUUGAAUACAAGGAUAUCAGCAUAGCAAAUUUGAUAGAAGAGAAUGGAGAAUGUGAUGAAGCCAACAUACCUUGCAAUCUAUUGACUGUAGUUGCUACUGGAAGUAGUUGCCUUCUUGAAGAACUACUUAAAGCAGGAAUGGACCCAGAUAUUGGUGACUCAAGAGGAAGGAGACCUCUGCACAUAGCAGCAUCAAAAGGAUUCGAGGACUGUGUUUUGGUCUUACUCAACCAUGCUUGCAAUGUCAACAUACAAGAUAUGGAUGGAAAUACUCCUUUAUGGAUUGCCAUCACUGCAAAGCACCACAAAAUUUUCAAUCUCUUGUACCGUUGCGCUUGCAUAUCAAAUCCCAAUAUUGGUGGCAAUCUUCUUUGCCUUGCUGCUAAAAGAAAUGAUCUCUCUACAGUGAAAGAGCUAUUAAAACAUAGUUUAAACAUGGACUCGGAGAACCAUGAAGGAUUAACUGCCCUACAAGUAGCCUUGGCUGAAAACCAUGAAGAAAUAAUUAGAUUCUUGGUCAUGAAUGGAGCGAACAUAGAGAAAGCAGGUCUAAGUGGAGAACAAAGAAAAAUGAAGCACCACUUGCUUGAAGAAAUGGUGCACAAAAGGGAAGUUGGUUACCCAAUUACGGUGCUUGAGUUGCCUAGUGAAACUAAGCAAAUUAAGGUGUCUGGGGAGCAAGGGCACAUGUUGAACUGGGAAAGAAUUGGACAUUGCCCAAGGGUCAGUGUGUAUAAAGGCCAUCCAUUGCUGAGAAUUCCUAGUUCAGAAGCUGGAAAGCUGAUAAGUUUGCCAAGCACUAUGAAAGAGCUCAAGAACAUUAUUGGGAAGAGGCUUGGAAUUGAUGCAAGUAACAGAACAGUAACAAAUGCAGAUGGUGCAGAGAUAGACUCCAUUGAAGUGCUCAGGCAUAAUGAUAAACUUUUCAUAGUCGAGGAUGAAGAAUUUACCAAAAUUUAA